CUCGCCCGCCUGUCUCGGCUGUCGCCGCCGCCGCCUGACACGGUGACACGGUAGCCGCAGCAGCCUGGCCUUGCCCCGCUGUCACUGAGGAUGAGCCCCCGCGCCCCGCAGCGCGCGUCCCGCCCUGCCCGCCCGAGUCCAUUCAUCUAGCGACUGGUCUCCCUUGCAAUUAUGGAGUUUUAGAAGAAUAAGGUAGUGUGGAGGGGGAAUCCCCCUCUCCACACUUGAGGUAGUUCACUUUUGGAAUUUUCUAUGGACAUUAAUAUUUGUUAUAUAAGAUGGUGGAAUAAGACUUCUAAAAAUAUAUAUUUAUAAAUAUUUAUUUGGAUCAAGUGCCAAACAUAACAGUACAAAGAUUUCUAAUGGCAGCUCAAUAAAACUGGAUUUACAUCCUUGGAAUUACAAGUUUUUUAAGGCACUGUGCUGUGUACUGAAUUUAAGUGCCUUAAUACACAUAAGGGUUGUUCCCCUUAAGGAGAGGAGCAGCUUCAGAAGUGAAGAUGAGUUCUGUCAUGCCAGACUGCACUUCAAAGUGUCGAUCUCUACAGCAUGCUUUGGAUGUUAUUUCUGUGGUAACCAGAGGAAGCGAAGGCCAGAUCAAGGCCUUUCUCUCUUCUUACUGCUACAAUGCUGCAACUAUAAAGGAUGCCUUUGGCAGAAACGUUGUACAUCUUGCUUCAUCUUGUGGCAAAAAAGGUGUGCUGGACUGGUUGGCUGAGACCAAAGGAGUAGAUCUCUUGGCAAAAGACAAAGAGUCUGGAUGGACGGCUUUGCACAGAGGUGUAUUUUAUGGAUACAUUGAUUGUGUUUUGUCAUUACUGAAGCAUGGUGUUAAUCUGUACGUUCAGGAUAAAGAAGGUUUAUCAGCCCUGGAUCUUGUGAUGAAAGAUAGGCCAAUUCAUGUGGUCUUCAAGAAGACUGAUCCCACUGAAGUCUACACAUGGGGAAGCAAUAUAAAUUUUACUUUGGGUCAUGGUGGUCAACAGGGUAAACAUCAUCCUGAAUUGGUGGACCUUUUUCCUCGGAAUGGCGUGUAUAUCAAACAGGUGGUACUCUGUGAAUUCCACUCUGUUUUCCUUUCCCACAAAGGCCAAGUUUAUACAUGUGGGCAUGGACAAGGAGGACGCUUGGGUCAUGGUGAUGAACAAACAUGCCUGGUUCCAAGACUCGUGGAAGGCUUAGCUGGCCAUCAGUGCUGCCAGAUAGCUGCGGCUAAGGAUCAUACCGUUGUUUUAACAGAAGAUGGAUAUGUUUACACAUUUGGUUUAAAUACUUUCCGUCAAUUGGGUAUUCUUCCUCCUCCUCCUAAUUGCAGUGUCCCUAGACAGGUUCAGGCAAAAAACCUGAAAGGUAGAAUGGUGAUUGGCGUGGCUGCAGGCAGAUUCCAUACAGUGCUAUGGACUAAGGAAGCAGUGUAUACCAUGGGGCUGAAUGGCGGCCAACUAGGUUAUCUGCUGGAUCCUAAUGGAGAAAAAUGUGUAACUGUACCUCGCCAAGUUUCUGCUCUACACCAUAAAGAUAUCUCUGUGUCCUUGGUCUCUGCAAGCGAUGGCGCUACAGUAUGCGUUACGGGAAAAGGGGAUAUUUAUUUACUUGCAGACUAUCAGUGUAAGAAGAUGGCUUCAAAACAGCCGAACCUUAAAAAAGUUCUUGUUAAUGGGGGAUAUUUGGAAUAUAAGGUAGAUACCCAGCAUCUUAAAGAGAAUGAGGGUCAGAAGAUUUGCAUUCUAGCACUGGAUGAAGCUGGCAGAGUGUUUUGCUGGAAGUCAUCUAACAACUCCAUGAAGCAGUGUCGUUGGGUGUAUGGCCGGCAAGUCUUCAUGUCCGAUGUUGCUUUAAAUGGAAAUGAAAUAAUGUUUGUCACACAGGAUGGUGAAGCCUUUACAGGGAAGUGGCUGGAAGAGGGGAAAAAAAUCUCAGAAAAGAAAGCAGAACUUGUAUCAAGUCUUCAGAAUUCUUCAUGUGAUGUGUCUUAUGAACAUGACACAAACAGUGUGUAUGAAAGAAUUCAACUUAAGAAGCUUACUUUUGUCCACCGAGCUGUUAGUAUUGCCACCGAUCCUAAUGGUUGCAAUUUUGCUGUUUUACAGUCAGAUCCUAAAACAAGUCUCUAUGAAAUUCCAAGUGUGUCAUCAUCACGUUUUGGAGAGGAUUUUGGCAAACUGUUAGAUGAAACAGAUGAAAUGGACAGCAUCCAUGAUGUGACUUUUCGAAUUGGCACAAGAACCUUCCCUGUGCACAAAUACAUCUUGGCUGUACGUUCUGGCUUCUUCAAGAAUCUGUUUGUUUCUGGUGGCAACCACCUAGACACUCCAGACAUCCAUCGUAAAGAUGAAGAUGCUGUUGGAUGUGAUCUUUAUGUAAUAGAGAAGGUUCAUCCAGAUCUGUUUGCAUACCUUCUGCAGUUCAUAUAUACCGGUACUUGUGAUCUUUUGACUCAUGGUUAUAAACCAAAAAUCCUGCAUAAAGGAAAAUCAGAAGAAUAUCAGGACACUUUAAUUUCUAACCUGAGCAAAAUGAGUUUUGAUGAUAGUGUUAAUGGAAAUGUUAAUGGAAAGUCUGCAUUUGAGAUUUAUAGAAAUAAUCAAGUGCAAGUUAUAAAUGAAAAACAGAAGAGCAAAUCUAAAAAAGGCAAAGCUGGUGAAGAAGCUAACAUUGUAACAAUGUUGCAAAGCGCUGCAAAGAAGUUUGGACUCGGCAAUUUAAGUGGAAGGUUGGAUGGAGUCAGGUUAGAAAAUGGAAAAAUUAGUGUUGUCAACAAGAAGAAUGGGAACAAACCAAAAUUAAAUCAGAAGGAAUGGUCGUACCUCUGUGAUGUGACCCUGAAAUCUUUAGAUGGAAAGGAAUUUCCGUGCCAUAAGUGUGUACUUUGUGCAAGACUUGAUUAUUUUCACAGCAUGUUAAGCAGCUCAUGGAUUGAGGCCUCCUGUUGUUCAGCUCUGGAAAUGCCAAUCCAUUCUGACAUACUACAGAUUGUUGUAGAUUACCUGUAUACAGAUGAAGCUCUUGAGAUAAAAGAUUCUCAAAACGUGGAGUUCAUAUGUAAUGUUCUUGUGGUGGCAGACCAACUACUUAUAUCCAGACUCAAAGAAAUCUGUGAAGUAGCCAUUGCAGAAAAACUUACUUUAAAGAAUGCUGCCGACCUCUUGGAGUUCUCAGCAAUGUAUCAUGCAGAACAGUUAAAACUGUCCUGCUUGCAGUUCAUAGGACUCAAUAUGGCAGCUUUGCUUGAAGCAAGGACUCUGGAUGUUUUAAGUGAUGAAGUUGUGAAGGAGCUUUCUGUUUAUUACAGGAAAAUGAUUCCAGCUAUGGUUAGGCGAGUAAUUACUCCAUAUCCAGAUGGACCUGACAUAAGUUCUUUUGAGCCUGAAGAUGGAGAGAACUUUGUAUUUUUAAGGGAAGAAAUGAAUACAGAACAAAAUUCUCAGGAAGCCCUUUUCAAAAGAGCAAAAACUAAGGCAAAAAAGAAGCCUCGAAAACGGUCUGACAGCUCUGGAGGAUAUAAUCUGUCAGAUAUUAUUCAGAGUCCAGCCUCUACAGGCUCAGUGAAACUGGAUGAAACUAACUCUGUAGAAUCACUUCCAGAACUCUUAACAUCUGACUCGGAAGGUAGUUAUGCAGGAGUGGGUAGUCCCAGAGACUUGCAGUCCCCUGACUUCACUAAAGGAUUUCAUCCAGAGAGUACUGAGAUGAAGAACAAAGCAUGCAGUCAGGGUAUGAAACCCUCUCAACCUAACAAGGAGGUGAAGUCAUACAAGGGGUCACCAGCAUUGACACAGUCUGUUCCACGGUCCAUUCCCAGUGCCAAAACCACCUCUGCAAGCUCUCUCAAUUGGGUAGCAACCAGUUUCAGCCCUGCCAGCCCUCCUGCUAUGGAUCUAAGAACCAUCAUGGAAAUUGAAGAAAGUAUGCAGAAAUGUGGAACCAUGCCGAAGGCAAAUUCAGGCAAAAUGGUGUCUCAUGGAAUCAAGCUUUCUCAGAAGCAAAGGAAAAUGAUUGCCUUGGCAGCAAAAGAUAAUGGAUCAGUAACUAGCAGCACAGAACAUACUGCACUAAUAACCACACCACCUCCACCUACGAAAGUCGCAAGGCUAGGGAAUGCAUGGUCAUCUUCAUUAAAUUCUGCUUUUCCAAAGUCAUUCCGUGAUCUUGUAAUGGAAGAAGAAAAAUGUGUGAGUGCAAAUAAUUCACCUGGUACUAGCGUCAAAAGAGCUGGAUACAAAGGAACUGAGGAUUCAUUAGCUCAGAACACCAUAAGGUACACCACUAGAAGUAGCCAAGGUGUGGAAGACCAUGUCCUGGACUCUUCACAGCUGGAGAGUCAUAAUCCUUGGUUAGCAUCAUCGCCAAUUAGAUCUCCUGUGAUACCACCUGUCAUGUUUUCAUCUAUUAUAGAGGAAGAGCUUCAGCAAGAAGCUGCUCUUAUUAGAAGCAGAGAAAAACCUUUGGCUUUGAUCCAGAUCGAGGAGUGUGCUAUUCAAGAUUUAUUAAUCCACUAUGAAGCUUUUGACAACCCUGAUGAAUAUGUGACUGUUGAAAGGGCUCCACAGAGACCUAUAGCACCACCUAUGUGGAACAAGCACUAAUUUGUACUCUUCUCAGUUCAUGUUGUAUGUGCACUUUGGAAAUUCUGAUUGUCAUUAUAAGUCGAAGGGGACUGGAAGAACAGGAAUCGUGUAAUUUUUAACAUCAGCAUUUAAAUACAUUUAAAUAAAAUGCACAUGUUCACUAGGUAUUUGUUAGAAUGAAAAUAAUGUCUUCACUGUGUCCUUGACCCACAGUAUAUAGUGUAUGUAUGUUUUGACAGAAUUUCUUUAACCAGACAUAUUAUUAAUAAUGUUACAUGAAGCUGUAGGUUGGAAAUGCAUUUGCUAACCUUAAAUUGUGAGGGGUUUUUGUUAAAUUCACAGGUGGCUGAAAAGCGAGUGCUUAUUUUGUGAUUUAAUGUGGAAUUGAAUGUGCAGAAUCGAUCUGUAAAGUUUGAGGGUGGGGGGUUAUGUUCUUCAGAGCUUUCUGGUUAAUGGGGAAUAUUGCAAAAAGUUUGUGCUUGAACUUUGCAUAAAAGUACAGUUUGAUAAUGCAGUUUUCCUUAAGUUACAUGUGUUAAGUACUGGUUGUCUGGUUGGUGGAACCAGUGCUUUUUACUGUUAUGCUCCACAAUGAACCUCUGUGCUGUACCUAAGUGCCCUGCCGUUGCCUGCUCUCGGUUCAGUUGUGCAUGUUUUUUUCACUGUUGUGAGACUGGCCUUUGAGCAGUCAGCUCUGUCAUGAAGUAAAGCACACAGUUGAAUAGAACAUGGUGGCACUUAAUUAGCUAUUCUAUAGUCUUAUUCUGGUAAGUAUGGUACAGUUUUAGAACCACUAUGUUUAAGGUACAAUUCACUUGAAGUGCUGGGGAAAUAAAAGAUAUAUGUAUUCAUUGUUAAAGCUAUAGGGAUAAAUGCUUGAUUGUGGCAUUUGCAAACACCUAACCUUCAAAGAUUAUCAUAGGUGGCUUUCAGUAUCGUGUGUUCCAAAGUUCUGUGCCUGGUUUAAACAAAUUUAUAUAUGUGAAAAGGAAAAAAAAAAAAGUAGCCUUAUCUGCACUAUUCUCUCUAGUUUGUCUGUUUGCAUAGGUGUGUUUGAACAUUUACUUUUUGAAUAGUGUCAGUACUUAUGAACUCUAGAAAACUGGAAUUGAGAGGGGAGCAGAAGAUGAGUGUAGAGAAUUGAUCACUGUGUGAUAAGAGUUGAAUAUUGAAAAAAACAAUGUAGAUUUGUCUAAUGCUUUCAGGUCAAGCUACACCAAAAAAAAAAAUCCCCCACAAAAUCUGUAAAGAAUUGCAAUAAAGCAUAAAAUCUUGAUUUACACAA